AAGAUCCACGGCGCACUACCGGCUCCCCAUUCCGUCGUCCCCCGGUGCGCGCGUAGUGGGUGAACUGUGUCUGCGCACGGGCAUCAUCCUAUACGUCUCUCUGUGACUCUGUAGUGGGUGUACACAUUGGUAGGGGGGGUAGGACGUCUCCCAGCCCAACCACCAACACACCACACCACCCUCCCUUCAUCAUCACUCCGCCCCAGCAGAGGCCGUGCCUGCCAGCCAUGGUCUCGCUCGCCGGCUCCCAGAUCCUCUCGCCCAAGCAGAGGCCCUGCGCGCCGCGCCGCCCGGGCCACUCCAUGCGCACCAUCCGCUCCGCGCUGCUGCACCCGGACUCGCCCCCGGGGCCCAGCUCGCGCCUGCGCGCCGCCGACGAGGGGGACUCGGACAUUGAGAACCUCACCGACUCCGUCAUCGACUUCCGCCUCAGCGAGCUGGCGGCCACCGCGGGCCCCGCGCACCCGGCGGCCGUCGCCAAGUCCUCCUCCGCCAACGCGGCGGCCACGGAGAUGCUCGAGCUGUCCCGCGACUUCUCCGACUACUCCAGCUUCAACUCCGACAUCUCCGGGGAGCUCGAGCGGCUGGCCGCCGCGGCCGCCACGCCCAGAUCCGACGCGCCGGACCUCGCCGCCGUGGAUCUGAAUGAUCUCGAGUCCAUGGAUCUGUCGGCCGACGCGGCGCCGCUGGACCGCGUGGAGCCGUUCGUGCUGGCGUGCGUGCAGGCGCUGGGGCCCGACGCCGCCCCCGAUGCGCGGCGCACGGCGGCGGCCAGGAUAAGGCUGCUGGCCAAGCACCGUUCCGACAUCCGCGAGCUGGUCGGCGUGUCCGGGGCGAUCCCGGCGCUGGUGCCGCUGCUGCGGAGCACCGACCCGGUGGCGCAGGAGAACGCGGUGACGGCGCUGCUCAACCUGUCCCUGGAGGAGCGGAACCGUUCGGCCAUCACGGCGGCUGGCGCCAUCAAGCCGCUCGUCUACGCGCUGCGGACCGGGACAGCCUCCGCCAAGCAGAAUGCCGCGUGCGCGCUGCUCAGCUUGUCGGGCAUCGAGGAGAACCGUGCCACCAUCGGCGCGUGUGGCGCCGUCGCGCCGCUCGUCGCGCUGCUCUCCGCGGGCUCCACCCGGGGAAAGAAGGACGCGCUCACCACGCUCUACCGUCUCUGCUCGGCGCGCCGGAACAAGGAGCGUGCCGUCAGCGCUGGAGCCGUCGUGCCGCUCGUGCACCUCAUCGGCGAGCGCGGCACCGGGACGUCGGAGAAGGCAAUGGUGGUCCUUGCCAGCCUCGCCAGCAUAGCCGAGGGCCGCGACGCUGUGGUGGAAGCCGGUGGGAUACCUGCACUGGUAGAGACCAUCGAGGACGGCCCUGCGAGGGAGAAGGAGUUCGCCGUGGUGGCUCUGCUGCAGCUGUGCUCCGAGUGCUCCAGCAACCGUGCGCUCCUCGUUCGAGAAGGGGCCAUCCCACCGCUUGUUGCGCUCUCACAGUCCGGCUCUGCUCGUGCCAAGCACAAGGCCGAGACUUUGCUAGGUUACUUGCGUGAACAGCGACAAGGGGGCGGUGGCUGCCGAGCCGGACCAGGCGGCGCAGCUACGAGUAUGGCUCGGUGACUCUUUGGUCAUGCGACGCAGUCACGAGCUUGGCUAGGUAAAUGCAGCACUGAUAUGGUGAAAUGCAGAAAGUAUGCUUGGUUUGUCUUUCACCUCGUCGUCUCUGUUCUUGAUUCGGGCGUCGAGAACAGAGCAGCCCUAUACGGAUGGGGCGCGAUGAUCAUGUGUAAAUAACGGCCGGCUUUUGGCUCGGUUCUGUGAAUAUACAUAUGUGGUCUGCGACUGCGAGUGAUGGAAGUUUAGAUGGCUGGUCACUAACAUCAGUUGGGAGGAGCAUCCAGGUUAUCUUAGGAGAGGACAUGGAUUGCUGCUCAGUUAUGUGUGGUGUCGAGUUGUAGCUGUGUACAGGAUGUAUGUUAGGGUGGUAAUAUGGUAAUGCCGGCUUGGCUUUGCGAGGUUAUAGGGGAAUGUUGGAUAGCCAAACCAUGUCUUUUUUUACUUGAUGUUUGGAGUCCAAAUCCCCCUUGUUCCGUUUUAUGAUCUAGCGUGACUUGUUUCGCCAAAA